UUCUGUUUGAUAAUUUCUUAUUAAUUUUUUAUGUGACAUGUUUGAAAUAGGAAAAGAGAAAAGCUGCACAGGACAUCGUGAAAAAAAAUGUCCACCCACACAUAUUGUCUCGUGGUGGAUAUCAUAGGUUAGAGGAGAUUAUGAUCUGUGAGGCCUCUUCCUCAGCUCCCAAUGAUCAGUCAGAUUUGAUUUCUCCACCUCCACGUCAUGAGAAAUGGAAGAGAGCUCGCACUAAGCCAUCGGGAGAAUACACUUCUGAAGAAACUCGACUUAUAGCGGAGAGGAUUGAUGACUUAGUGGAAAAAAGCUCCCAAGGUUCAUUCACUCAACAAGGCCGAGAAGACAUAUUAGCUACUGCCAUUGGACGUCCUGAGCAUCCAAGAUAUGUCCGUGGUGUUGGAGGAGGAGUAGGCAUCAAGCAAUUCUUUGGUGGUACUACUCGAAAGGUUACUUUAGCACAACUUUCUGAAUCCGAUAAGAAUGCGCUGAGAAAUGAGUUUAUGAAAGAGUUGUUCCCAAAAUUGAAAGAUGAGUUAUUAUCAGAAAUCAAAUCUGAGAUAGCAUCCUUAGGAUUGGCUAUUCAAGGUCAACCAAAGGGGACUCCCCCAAUUGUUUCUAGCACAAAGGGGGAUGGUGUUGAUGUCCCUGUUGAUUGUGAGUUGUAUGUUGAUGAUCCCCCCGGGCAUUUGGUGGCCUUAGGUAAAAUAUAUAAUUUGGGAAGCACCAUCCACCACAACACUAUUAAAGAUGAUAUGUUGCGAGUGGUGGUUGUAGAUAUUAAGGAUUGUUCUGCUCGUGUUCUUGUGUCUAGUGAGGAGGUUCAAACAGUGGGACAAGCACCAGGGAAUUUUAUCAUUUGGCCAUCCAGAUUGACAAAGCCAAUUUUAGUAAGUCAAAUGUAA